UGAAAAGGAAAGCUAUGUGCACAAACCAAACAGCAAGGACAAACACAAGGAAACAAAAAAAACAUGAUACACUGAUGGAAAAGGUUGACCAAGGUAACAAAGCCAUAUGUGACGCGAUCCAGAACCUCACCACUCAAAUUGCAAGUCUUCACCAAACCCCUAAGCCUCAACCCAUGAGAGUGAGUGAACAGCCAAACCGAAAAUAUCGACCACAGCCUAAGACUGCAAACAGCAGACAGUAUCAGAACUGUCAGAUAUCCAACCCUGAUGGAAGGUGUAGUCACUGUUUUAAGUGCGGCAGCGCCGAACACUGGUCAUCAGGUUGUAGAAUGAAAAAUGUCGCAGCCAACACAAAUAAAAUUGUAAUCCUGCAUCAUUCUGCAGAAAACACAGACAAAGUGGAUCUGUUCAGCCUUCGAGCACCCCUCACUGGUAAGCAAUAGCAAACAGCCAAGCUGGUAGGGAAGAGAUGUCUAGUUCGAGCCUCUCUGGGAGGAGUUGACACUACAAUACUGUGGGACACCGGUCACAGGUAUCAAUAGUGGGAAUGAACUGGAAAAGAAAAUACCUGCCAGACACUGAGGUGAGACCAGUGAAAGAGCUGCUUGAAGAAGGAGCAUUGGAGCUCUCAGCUGCAAAUGGAACAGACAUUCCGUAUGAAGGAUGGAUGGAAAUUGAAUUCACCCUGUCCAAAAAUGCUGUGGCUGGAAUGAAUGACAAACCUGUUCUGGUCCCAAUCCUGGUUUCCAGCAGUGACAUGACACGCCCCAUCAUUGGCUUUAAUGUGAUCGAAGAACUAGCACUCACAAAUGACACAGGUGAAGAUUGCAUGCCAUCUGGUCACAUGGUAAAGAGACUGUGCUCAGCACUAGAGGUAGGACACAAAACUGCAAGAGCUGUUUUAUCUGUUUUAAAAAAACAAAAGCCUGUAAACCAACCCCACAUAGCCAGAGUAGGCAGACGAUCAGUGACCAUCCCAAAGAACAAAGUGAUGACAGUGCAGUGCGGCCGGCUAAAUAAGAGUGUGUUGAGUACGUCACAUGUAGUGUUGGAGCUGAAGCAGGAGGCACCAUGGCCAACAGGCUUAGCCAUUAGAGACCAGCUAAUCGAGCUCCCUCCAGAAGAUAAUGGUAACAUUGAGGUGACUGUUGAAAACAUGACUGACAAUGAUAUAACGCUUUGCAGUCGCACUACACUUGGCUGGUUGCACAGUGUUGAUGCCAUCUACCCAUUGCAGACAAAGCCUACUGAGGGUGAGAAACCUCAGACAUCAGACAGCAGUGUUGCCCCGCCUGUGCAGCAGUCCGGCAGCGAGUCACAAGGUGAGCGCUGGGACCCAGCUGUGGACCUGAGUCAUCUGCCAGACGACCAACGGCAACAGGUACAGCAAAUGCUCAGAGAAGAGUGUGAUGUUUUUGCAAAAGAUGAUUGGGAUACAGGGUGCAUUAAAGACUUGGAGAUGGACAUACAGUUAAAAGACAAUGUGCCCGUACAAAGAACAUACAAUGCAAUCCCUAAACAUCUCUACCAGGAAGUGAAAACACACAUACAGGACUUACUGAACCAAGGCUGGAUUCAGAAAUCCUGUUCUUCAUAUUCCUCACCUGUAGUAUGCGUCAGGAAGAAAGAUGGAAGUCUCCGCUUGUGCAUAGACUACAGGCUGCUGAACAGGAAAACACUGCCUGACCAUCAUCCAAUUCCGAGGAUACAGGAGAUCUUGGAAAACCUGGGAGGCAACUCCUGGUUCACGGUGUUAGACCAGGGGAAGGCUUACCACCAGGGCUUCAUGAGCGAGGAAAGCAGACCCUGCACCGCAUUCAUAACACCAUGGGGACUUUAUGAAUGGGUGAGGAUCCCAUUUGGGCUUACAAAUGCGCCCGCAGCUUUUCAGCGCUAUAUGGAGGGAUGCCUGGGAGACCUCAGGGAUGAAGUUUGUGUCCCGUAUUUGGAUGAUGUCCUGGUAUUUAGCGCCAGCUUCGAGCAACACAUCCAAAAUGAGAAACAGGUGCUGCAACGACAAAGAGAGUGUGGUAUAAAGUUAAGGCCGAAGAAAUGUGACUUUUUCAAAAGUGAGGUCUGUUAUGUGGGUCGAGUAAUCUCUGCAGAGGGAUACAAAAUGAAUCCCAAAGAGGUGGAAGUGGUUCAAGCACUGAAGCACGAGACACCAACCACUGUGAGAGAAGUGAGAAAACUGAUGGGUUUCCUCAGUUACUACAGAUCCUAUGUACCAGACUUCCCCAGGACAGCCAAACUCCUGUACGAGCUGUUAGCAAAGCCUAAGUCUGAGCAGAAGCAAGGCCAAAAGAAAAAGGGGGUUAGCCGCAAAUCUGCUCAGUUGCCACCAUCUCAUCCAGUCCAGUGGACAGCGAUUCACCAGGAGAUAGUGAACAAACUUGCAGAUCAGCUGACAAACCCUCCAGUGAUGGCAUAUCCAGAUUUAGAGAAACCCUUAGUACUCCAUGUGGAUGCCUCAGAAGAGGGGCUAGAAGCAGAAGAAUUCUAUCCUAGGAGGGAGACAUCCAGAGACAAGCCUGAGAGGGCAUUCGUGUCAGAGGAGCACCCUGAGGAGGAGCAUCCUGAGGAGGAGCAUCCUGAGGAGGAGCACCCUGAAGAGGAGCACGUGGAGGAGAGACAUAGCAUGGAGAAAGAGGCUGAUGCCUCAGCUGUUGAAUCUGAGAGGUGCAACACCUGGAUCCUGGACUUCCUGACCGCCAGGCCCCAGGUGGUCAGGGUGGGCAGCCACACCUCCAACAUCCUCAUCCUGAACACAGGAUCCCCCUGGGUUGCGUCCUCAGCCCCCUACUGUACUCCCUGUACACACAUGACUGUGGGGCCAGAAUCACCUGACUCGGACACUGAGAAGGGUUCUGCUUCCGACCCAUCCAACCAGACCUUACUAGCUCUUGGCCGGACCUCCUCCAACCUCAUCAAUCUUGAUAGUCACCGUGCACCAGUAGCGGCCCGCCCGGCGGAUACAGGUUCACUGCCCUCCAGGAGUGUACCCCAAUCCACCCAGAGCCGGGCUACCUUGCGAUUUGACCAAUCUCCAUCUCCAUCCCGAAAAGGGGUAAGGUACUCCCGAGACACGCGUGGCUUUAGGCCCUCAUAUGCUGACGAUCGGUACACAUCGCGUAGCUCACGACCUCACCCCGACCGAACUCCGUCCCCUGCACAAAGGGUGAGCAGUCGUCCUCCUUGCUAUGGCGAUCCAAGCGACUAUGGGCUUCCGGAUGACUCGGACAGCAUUUACCCGCCCGGAGUUCAAGGCCUACGUACCCGUCAGCUUGAGUCCCUUGCGAAGAACAUUGAGCACUUUGACCCGAGUAGUCAAGAGUCCAACAUCGACGACUACCUCAGGAAGAUCGAGCGCUGUCUUUCUGAUCUACCUCACGCUUUGUCAUGUGAGAAGCUAAAGCUUGUAUGGAAAACCACGGCUAGAAGCAUCCAUGUCUUCAUGGAAACCCUUGCACCAGACAUCAGAGACUCUGUAAAGCUCUGCGAGAGGAGUAUUCGCCAUACACAGACCAAGCUUCUGCCACUCUCUGCGCUUUCGCUGUAA